UAUAAAUACCAAUUAUCUAUCCAUUCAGCCUUCCGCAGUGCUGAAUUAGGGUUUUUUGCGGGACGCUCUUUCAUCUGCGUACUCUCUUCCUCUUUUCCGAUGGCCAAAAGAACCAAGAAGGUCGGCAUUGUAGGGAAAUACGGCACCCGUUAUGGUGCUAGUUUGAGGAAGCAGAUUAAGAAGAUGGAAGUUAGUCAGCACAGCAAGUAUUUCUGUGAGUUCUGUGGGAAGUAUGCCGUAAAGAGGAAGGCCGUGGGAAUUUGGGGCUGCAAGGAUUGUGGCAAAGUCAAAGCUGGCGGUGCUUACACGUUGAACACUGCUAGUGCUGUGACUGUUAGGAGCACCAUCCGGAGGCUGAGGGAGCAGACCGAGAGUUAAGCGUACUGAAUUUUGCUGCGGCAUUACUUGUUGUCGUAUUCAACUUUAAAGUUUCAAUUCAAUAAGUUUAGACUUGGAUUCUUAGUAGUGGCAAAUUUCUGUAUUUUUUUUUUUUUUUAAAUCGUAAAACUCCACAAAGCUACAUGGUCUUUGCAUGUUUGCCCUUAAAAUUUGAUUCUUCCGAGUAUUUUGUAAUGCUGGAGGUAUUUAUAAAAUUGGUUUUUGCCCGUUAGUUGUA